CACUGGUUUCCGCAAGCGCGACCGUAUCAUCCGAAUUGGACCACCGAGUACGCGGUACAGCGUACUCUGAUCUGGCCGUCUGGGAAACUCGCCACAAUGAUGAGCGAACACGAAUGGCCCGAGGCCCAUCGUAAGAGGCUUCGCGACGACGAGUACGCAGAUGUGGCCACAGGAGGCUCGCUCGGCUUUACUGAGCAUAGAAGUAAACGCCUCCAAACCUCACUACCCCUCAGGACAUCUCCAACAUCCAAGCGAUGGGCCGAGCAUCCCACCUUCCCCCCUUCGAUCCCGUCCUUUGCCUUUGCUGCGCCCAUUUCGUCACACACCAUCACACCGGGCAAUUCGGAUUCAGAUGAGGCGUCAAUGGCCCAGGACACGUGGGCCGACGAGCCAGAGAUCAACCACUACAGCGCGAACGAUGUGAUUUCAGAGGCGGCCGACGAUGAUAUGGACAUGACAGAGGCGUCUGAUACCAUCCCUAUUAACGGCGGCCCGGCAGGGGACCAGGGCCGGCAGCACUUGGCCCCAGGCCUGUUUCACCCGGACCCGGCCACGACCAGCGUGACGGGCCGAAUGCCAACGCCGAUCCACUGCAGCUUCGGCGCACAGGUGCGCGGGAACAACCGGGGUGGCGCCGCCGGGAGCGCUCUACGGGGCGAGCCUCUAGCGAUGACGCCCGAGGAACAGGAUCCAAAUGCGCUUGCGUUCAGCCACAACAACGCCGCCCUGGCGGACGCGCUGCACCACAGGUCAGGCGGGAUGAUAGGUCACGAGAGCGUGCCUCGCUCGUUUGACGGCUCGGCGGGGACCGCGCAGGUCAUGGCGGACUGGGGCAUGGCGCAGAACCGCCGGCUGCCGUCGCCCAUUAGCGAGAGCGGCGGUGAGGACAGCUUAGAGAGCCCUAGGAUGGUGCUCGACUCGUCGUCGCAGCACAUGUGCCACGGCCACCCGGACCACGCCGCGCACCAAAAGCACAUCGCGCACCACCAGCAACUCUCCCUAAACUCGAGAUUCCAGCCACACGCCGGCGAGCUCGGGCCAGACACGACAAGCCCGUCUUCGCGCGAGGGCACGCCGACGGAGAACGGCAGUGCAAUGGACGUCGAGUCGUCGGCGGCGACGCCAUCUCCCGGAAGGAAGGGGCACACGAGGUCGAGACACACUCUGAACUCGUGGACGGCGCUCCAGCCCGGCAUGAAGCGCUCGUUCAGCAUAGGAUACCGGUCGGACUGCGAGAAAUGCCGACAAAAGGUGCCUGGCCACUUCAACCACAUUAUCAUAUCUUAGAGAGACGACCAGAACUGGCGCCAUAGCACCAUCGAGACUCCGCUGCAGCGCAUUCAGAAGCCGAAGCCGAAGCAGAAGCAGGAGCAGAAACCGGACACGGCGGCGGCUCCAGCUAUCGCCUGGCCUACUUCAUACUGCGGGAACAUCAUGCGGCCAACCUGAUUGGACGGAAUUGGCUCUAUAUUUGAGGGGGAGA